AUGAGGUUUGCGACAUUUAGGCGCGAUGGAAGGUUUAUUAAGACAAUAUAAAAAUGUAUACAACAGAGCAAUUAGUUAUUUCUAUUUUCUUACGAAGUUGGAGUGUAGUGUGGACUGUUUUAAGUGUUAUUUUAGUCGGUGUGUAUUGAUCUGAAGGGGGCACAGUAAUCAUUCUACAAAAUGUUUUGUUGAGAACGAAAUAUUUUUCUUCCUGGUGCGCAGUCAAAAAAGUACAAAAUCUCCCAAAGUUUCUGUGAAUGUGUUCCAACCAGAGGGAGAAGGAGAGGGAGAGGGAGAGAGAGAGAGAGAUCUGUGCUACAGUUCCUGGUCAUCUUUCGCUGGCCCACUUUAUUCAAUUAUGCCGGGCAGCCAGGCCCCUCCCCCUCCUGAUGACACCGGCAGACCCUCCUUAAGUUGCGUCGCGCCACAGCUGUCUGCGAACACUGAGCUGACUGGCGCCAUCCUGAAAGAAUGCCUUCACUGUAAAAAAACACAGAGAGCCAGAGAGAGACAGAGCGAGAGAGAGAGAGGGAGGGAGAGAGCUGCACCGUGACGGAGAGAGUUCAGAGUGACUGAGGGAGAGAGAGAGAGAGAGAGAGAGGGAGGGAGGGAAGUAGAGAGAGUAGGGGAGAGGGGUUGCCGCUGCGCAUAAACAGAGAUUUGAUCUGCGAGUUAAAGUUCGGUGCAACUCAGUGUGCAGAGAAGGCAUCUAUACCCCGGCCGAGCGCGACUGUAAACACACCAGCUACUUGUUGAGUCGCCUGAACAAUACUGGAGUUUGGAAAGGGGAAAAAAGUUGAGGAACUUUUAGCGGAACUGGAUAUGAACCUUGGACUUUUAUGACAACUGUCUAUUGCGGCGAUAUUUUUUCUUAAAUGUACGUGAAAUCCCAACAUCCACGUUUAUUUAUUGCAUCGACUGAUGCGCCUUAAUAGUGAUUUUGAUAGUUGUUGUAAGUGUAAACAGAAGCAGUGAGUGACAGAGGUCGACGGAUCGGACUGUAAAUGUGUGUGUUUUAUUAAAUUCCAGGUGAUCGAAGGUAUAUCGCCUAUCGACGGACGCCUGUGGAUUUAACGAAGCAGGAAUUUUUGGGACAGAUAUUUUUUUUCCUUCCUUGUGUCGUUUCGGCUCUCUCCAGUGUGUAUGAACGUUUGCUAAAAAGCGAUGGAAGUAAGCGCGGAUCAGCCCCGGUGGAUGAGCCAUCAUCACUCUGCGGUAAUUAACGGGCAGCAUCCCGACUCCCACCACCCGGGGCUCGGCCACGGUUAUGUGGACCCGUCGCAGUAUCCCCUCGCUGAAGAUGUGGAUGUACUGUUUAAUAUCGAAGGACAGCCCAACCAUGUCUCGUCGUACUACGGAAACUCUAUGCGGGCCGUGCAGAGGUACCCACCGCCACCACACAGUAGUCAGGUAUGUCGCCCGUCCUUACUGCACGGCUCUCUGCCCUGGCUCGAUGGCAGCAAAGGCAUCGGGCCUCAUCACAGCACUUCGCCGUGGAACUUGAGCCCUUUCCAGAAGACCUCGCUGCACCAUGGCUCCCCCGGCUCCCUGCCCGUCUACCCCCCAGCCUCGUCCUCCUCCCUGUCUGGCGGCCACUCCAGUCCGCACCUCUUCACCUUUCCCCCGACUCCUCCCAAAGACGUGUCCCCGGACCCGGGCAUGUCCACGCCGGGCUCCGGGUCGCGCCAGGAGGAUAAAGAGUGCAUUAAGUACCAGGUGUCCCUGGCCGAAAGCAUGAAACUGGAGUCCCAUAGUCGAAGCAUGGCAUCAAUCGGAGCGGCCAAUUCCGCCCACCACCCCAUCGCCACUUACCCAUCCUAUGUGUCUGAUUACGGCCCAGGCCUCUUCCCACCAAGUAGCCUCAUAGGUGGGUCUACUUCUAGUUAUGGUUCCAAAACGAGACCAAAAACAAGGUCAUGUUCAGAAGGUAGAGAGUGCGUUAACUGCGGAGCCACAUCCACACCGCUGUGGCGACGGGACGGCACCGGGCACUAUUUGUGUAACGCCUGCGGCCUGUAUCACAAGAUGAACGGGCAGAAUAGGCCCCUGAUCAAGCCCAAGAGGAGGCUGUCCGCGGCCCGGCGAGCAGGGACCUCGUGCGCAAACUGUCAGACGACCACAACGACGCUGUGGCGGAGAAACGCCAAUGGGGACCCCGUCUGCAAUGCGUGCGGGCUCUACUUCAAACUGCACAAUAUUAACCGGCCACUCACAAUGAAGAAGGAGGGCAUCCAGACCAGGAACAGGAAGAUGUCGAGCAAGUCCAAGAAGAGUAAAAAAUCGCACGACAGCAUGGACGACUUCUCCAAGUCGCUGAUGGAGAAGAGCAGCUCUUUCAGUCCGGCCGCACUCUCGCGCCACAUGUCCUCCUUCCCGCCCUUCUCCCACUCUGGUCACAUGCUCAGCACCCCCACCCCCAUGCACCCGCACCCGUCGUCCUUCGCCCCUCACCACCCCUCCAGUAUGGUUAGCGCCAUGGGCUAGACGACAAGAGUGCCACACGCACCACCACCACCACCACCCCCAUCCCCAUCCCGACCCCAAAGCAUCCACACACCCCUCUUCUGGCGCCCCACACAGGCCUGCGCCACCCACCCUCCUCCCAAACACCCGACUCGAAAGGAAGAAGCUUCCAGAAGCAGCAGCC